CUUCUCCCAGUCCUCGUCGUCGACGGCCACACCCGCACCACGUACACGGCAGCGCGAAACCGGAGGAGGAGGAGGCGCCAAUGGAGAUGGUGGGCGGCGUGUCGUCGCUGAGCGCAUCUUCGCCGGCGCCGGCGCGGCUGCGGCAGCUGUGGCACGGCGUCGGCGAGGCGGGAGGGGGAGGGUUCAUGCUCGUGAGGGCGGCGCCGAGGCGGCUGCAGGCGGCCGUGGGGCAGAGGCGCGCCGCGCUGGUGGUGGAGGCGCGGGGGAGGGGGUGGUCGGACCGGCGGUCGCAGCAGCAGCGCAUGCCGUCGCUCCCCAAGAUCGAGGACGACGGCAACCCGCGCUUCGUCAUCUUCAUCCGCACCGCCAAUGUGUACUUCUGGUACCCGCUCAACGUCGUCACCGGCGGCACGACGGCGAAGAUUAUGCUGGCGGCGAAGGACAACUUCCUCGGCAAGUACAUAUACAAGGACACGCUUGCCAGAAACCUUGCCGCUGUCAUCUACAAAGAUGAGGAUGAGAUAAUAGAUACUGCAAAAGAGCAGUACCGGGUGCUGAAGACCGAGAAUGAGUUUCGAUAUGGCUACAAAGUUGUGGAGAAUGCGAACCUGAGGUCUGCGCUGACAACAAGUAAUGUGAUCGAACUCCCAAAGAAAGAAGAGCUCAAAACUGUGGUCGACAAGGUGAAGGACUUCUUCGGCGAUGUAACAUCUGGCGCCAAAGAGUCCUUUGGGCAGAUUACAGGAACUGUCAGCAAAGAGGCAGAAGCACCAGUGGAGGAAGAGAAGCCCUGGGUGAAGAGGCGAAACGAGAGGAAGCGAAAGCAGAAGGAGAAGCAGCAGCAGAACCAGGGAUCAAGACAGAGAGCUGAUUGAAUCGUGCAGGCAGUAUACCAGAGAUCGUCAAGUGAACAGCCGGCUCUAGAGCCUCCCGGGACAUUAGAAAUUGGUAUUUUACGGACUUAUGGAACGGCGAAGAUUACUGUUGUAUAUUAUUCUCAUUUCCUUGACGAGUUACAGUGGCUGUCUGA